UAUCACUUUUCGACCAGGGCCAGCCCGGUGCUGGUGCUGGAGCCGGUGCUGAACUGGCCUCAGGCUGGCUCCGGCUCCGGCACCAGCACGGAUUUCCAUAGGGUUCAGCACUGAAUGGAAUCUUACGUCCGCGAACCGAUAUAGAUUCUAGAGUAGUGAAGUGCAAUAAUGUUACCCUGGUAACAACCUCAGAGAUCAUCCACCAUGGCGCCACGAAAUGUGUGUCUUGUUUUGCUGGUCAGCGUUAUUAAAAUGUUUAUUCAAAGUCAAUAUGAAGGGUGGUUGCGUCUAACCACACUGAACAGGCUGCACAGCAGAAGAAGGUUUUCCGUUAGACGUCGGAUGCUGUGGCUUCGGAGACAACGGACGUCUCCUGUGGUUUGGAGACAUCCACGCACAAGCCAUUGGUGGGAUGUAAUCGUGCCAACAUUUAACCGAAGCCAAUUCAUUAUGAAUUUCCGAGUCUCCCCAGAGACAUUUGAGUACAUAUGCCGCCGUGUCGGACCCACAAUCGGCAGGAUGGACACAAAUUUCAGGUUAUGCAUCCCAGUACAAAAAAGAGUGGCUAUGGCACUGUGGAAGCUGGCCACCAACAGCGAGUACAGGACAAUCAGUCACCUGUUUGGAGUGGGGAUAAGCACUGUAUACAAUUCUUUAUCAGAUUUUUGUGAGGCCGUGAUGAGCGUAUUACUGCCAAUCCACUUACCUGCACCAGAGGCACGAAAUUUUUUGGAAAUGGCUGCUUACUUUAAAGACAGAUGGGGUGUUCCACAAUGUGUGGGUGCUAUUGAUGGGAGCCACAUACCCAUAAUAGCACCACAAGAAUAUGCCAGUGACUACUACAACCGGAAGCAUUUCUACUCUAUAGUGUUGCAGGGAGUUGUGAAUGGUAAAGGGCAGUUUUGGGAUGUUUGUGUGGGGUUUCCGGGAAGGGUACACGACUCCAGAAUUUUUAAGCAAUCUGAUUUGUGGAAGAGGAUAGGGGAUGGGCAGAUGUUUAAUACUGAUAUUCAAAACAUUGCAGGACAUGGAGUGGGACAUUACAUAAUUGGGGACCCAGCGUACCAGUUACAGAGAUGGCUGAUGAAGCCGUUUUCUGACACUGGUCGACUGACCCCAGAUCAACAAACAUUUAAUUACAGAGUAAGUAGGGCACGGUCAGUCAUAGAGACAACGUUUGGCCGACUGAAAGGCAGGUGGAGAUGCCUUAUGAAACGAAAUGACUGCAAAUUGGAAAUGGUAAAGAAAAUGGUAAUGACAUGUUGUGUGUUGCACAACAUGUGUGAGGAGAAUGGAGACCGGUGUCCUGAAGAUAUUUCAGAAAGACUCACACAACCUCCCCUUCGGGUUCUACCUGAACGCGGGGCGCAAGAGGGAGCGGAUGUAAGAAAUGCAUUGAUGCGCUACUUCAGCGGAAAUGUGUGAAAACAGAUAAUUUAUUAAAUUCACAUAAAUUAUUAUUACAAUACAAAUAGCGUAAAUAGUAUAAACAGUAUAAAUAUUGUAGAAGAAAAAAGAAAAAUGUAUGAAUAGUAUAGCAGUGUGGGUGUGGGUGGAGGUGCGCACUAGUGUGUGUGUGUAUGUGUGUGUGUGUGUGUGUGUGUGUGCGUGCGUGCGUACGUGGUGGUGGGGGGGAGGUGUUUGUGGGUGUGUGUAUUUGUUUAUUGCUCCUUCUCUAUGGCGGUCACAAUGCGGCCUAACAAAUUGAUGAGUGCAGUGCUAGAGGUGUCCAUUCUCUGUAAA